UGGAAAACAUUGCUGACAGGAAUGAAGGUAUUUUACUAGCAUUUUCGUGUCGUUAGGCGUCUUUUUAUUUGGAUAUGAUCAAGGCGUUAUGUCCGGCAUUAUUACGUAUGUUCAUCGUCAUGCCCUCUCCCACUCGAAAAUCAAAAUCGACUGACAAACGUAGGGGUCAAUAUUUUAAAGACUAUUUCAACCAGCCAACUCGUGCAGAGAUCGGCACCAUGGUAGCCAUUCUCGAAGUAGGAGCAUUCAUAUCCUCACUCCUCGUGGGGAAAAUCGGUGACAUAAUCGGUCGUCGACGAACUAUUCUCUACGGUUCCAUGGUCUUCUUUGUCGGUGGUGCCUUCCAGACAUUUGCUACGGGAAUUCCUAUGAUGCUUGUAGGCCGUAUCGUAGCUGGUCUAGGUGUUGGUGCCCUCUCCACGAUCGUUCCUGUUUAUCAAUCUGAGAUCUCUCCACCUCACAAUCGGGGCCAACUCGCGUGUAUUGAGUUUACGGGGAAUAUUUGUGGGUACGCCGCCAGUGUCUGGGUUGACUACUUUUGCAGCUACAUCCAGAGCGACUUUUCUUGGCGCCUACCAUUAUUCCUCCAGUGUGUUAUGGGUGCACUCCUCGGGUUUGGAAGCUUGAUCAUCUGUGAAUCUCCUCGGUGGCUUUUGGACCAUGAUCAUGAUGAAGAGGGUAUGGUCGUCAUUGCCAACCUGUACGGUAAGGGCGACCUUCACAACGACAAAGCUAGACAGGAAUACCGUGAGAUCAAGACCAAUGUUCUCGUCACACGACAGGAAGGCGAGCGGACAUACACAGACAUGUUCAAGCGUUACUACCGGCGUGUCUUUAUUGCGAUGUCUGCUCAGGCCUUCGCCCAGCUCAAUGGUAUCAACGUCAUCUCGUACUAUGCUCCCCUUGUGUUUGAAUCCGCCGGCUGGGUUGGCCGGGACGCCAUCUUGAUGACCGGAAUCAAUGGCAUUACCUACCUACUCUCCACGAUCCCGCCAUGGUAUCUCGUUGAUAGAUGGGGUCGCCGGCCAAUUCUCUUAUCGGGUGCUAUAUUGAUGAUCAUAUCCCUCUCUGCCAUGGCCUACUUCAUCCAUAUCAAUAUAUCCUACACUCCGGCCCUGACUGUCAUAUCUGUCAUGAUAUACAAUGCUGCCUUUGGCUUCUCGUGGGGUCCCAUCCCAUGGCUCUACCCUCCAGAGAUCCUUCCGCUCAGCAUCCGUGCAAAGGGUGCAAGUUUGAGUACAGCAACGAACUGGGCAUUCAACUGGCUUGUCGGAGAGCUCACUCCUGUGCUACAGGAGGCCAUACACUGGAGACUCUACCUCAUGCAUGCCUUUUUCUGUGCCUGCAGUUUUGUUGUCGGUAAGUUAUCCUUCUUUACGGGCUGUACGAUGGACCGGCUUAUAACUAACUCGUCUUAGUAUACUUUCUUUACCCUGAAACUAGCGGUGUUCGUCUUGAGGACAUGGAACUUAUCUUCGACGAUGCUCAGUCCGCCGCUCCUACUCCCGCCAGCCAAGCUGAGCGCGGUUCUCUCAUGGGAGGCGUUGGAUCACCAUCAUCAUUCGACAUUCGGCGAGGCAAUGAAUCUGGUGGACCAUCUAUUCCUAACUUGCAUCUCAACCCACCUACUCCCAGGCCUGGUUCCAUGGCUAGUGAGGUCGGUAAAGCUGCUGAGGGUGAACAACAGCUGACCCAGUCGAAGGAAGGCGGUAUUGGGACAUGGAUUUCCAGUCUUAUUAACCGCGGUAAAGACAAGAGGAACAGAGGUGAUCACAGUCAAUAUCGUCAGAUCGGACAGCAUGAAGACGAGUAACUAUAAAUCUCCUUUCUUUUUCUCUCAUCUUUAUCUUUUCAGGCGUUUGCAUCGAAGCUCAAUAGAACGCAUACCUCUGGACCAAGUUGCUUUCAUUUGUCAAGGCUGAGUUACUCGUCUCCGCCCUUAAUUCAACCGUCUUAACCAUCAGUUAGAUAUCUAACCAUCCCAUCUAUCUUUACUCUCCCCUUUAUCUCCUUUUCCCCCCCCUUUGCAAACUGUUCUUAUACCAGCCUUUCGGCAUCCGUCGUGAAACUGGGUUUCAUGUGGGAUGAGGCCUGCAAUGUAUGCUACUUUUCCUUUCUUUCUUUUCCUUCUGUGUCCAUAUCAACCAUCAUCACCCUUUCUCUUGAAUCUCGGAAAUGGGGUACACCGUCACUGGCAUCGUCUUUCUUCGGUUGAUCAUGAUCUUCAUAUAUACAAGCGCACACGCACAAACACAACACAACCACACAUUGUCCUUAUGAAGAGCUUAUCGGGGUUGGUAUAAUACGGCAACUCGAAUAGACGUGGGCAACUAUGAAUCACUUUCUACUUUUGCUGCAUACCCAGUGUGGAUAUAUUUAUAUAAUAUCUUCUACAGCUCUGGAGGCGAAGGGUAAGCUCCCAGCCAUGUCGCAGGUUUAGGCUAAGUCAGGGUAGUUUCAAGCUUCAAAGGACAAGCGGAGGUAAGAUGUACAUCGGUAUAGACUGGUAGUUAGCAUAUGCCUUGUGCUAUACUCUGUAAUGGAAGAUGCCUCGCUCUCAUCUCUAUCCUCUGGCUAUCUAAGUAUCCAAGUAUCUAAAGAGUAAUCUAUCCUUUAACUGUCUUAUCAUCGUCCUCAUCCUCAUCAUCAUCCUCAUCGUCUUCUACAUUGAUAUCACCUAUCACGUGACUCUUCAACUGGCCACCGUCGACUCUUUUGCUUCUUCUUCUUCUUCUCCUGAAGCUUUUGUGGCCUCGCUGCAGCUUUCUG